CCUCCCGGGUCCUGAGGCGGGAUGUGAUAGGUCUGGUUUCAUUGCAGUGCAGUCUCCUUCAGCUCGCCCUCCAACCGGUGACGCCUGCCUCGGCCGUGCGGUGUGAGGAACAUCUCCAAAAAAGUCACUUUCGUUUACCACUAGCUCCAUCUCCUACCGAUACAAUGGCCGUGCCUCCCACAUACGCUGACCUGGGCAAGUCUGCCAAGGAUAUCUUCAACAAAGGCUAUGGAUUUGGCUUGGUGAAGCUUGAUGUCAAGACAAAGUCAGCCAGUGGAGUGGAAUUCAAAACAUCUGGUUCCUCCAACACUGACACCAGCAAAGUUGCCGGCAGCCUGGAAACUAAAUACAAGAGGUCAGAAUAUGGUCUGACCUUCACUGAGAAGUGGAACACUGACAACACCUUGGGAACAGAAAUCACUGUUGAAGAUCAGAUUGCCAAGGGACUGAAGUUGACUUUCGACACAACCUUCUCACCAAACACCGGCAAGAAGAGUGGCAAAGUUAAGACCGCCUACAAGCGCGAGUAUGUCAAUCUGGGCUGUGAUGUUGACUUUGACUUCGCUGGUCCCACCAUCCACGGGGCCGCUGUCGUUGGCUACGAGGGAUGGCUCGCUGGUUACCAGAUGAGCUUCGACACUGCCAAAUCCAAAAUGACCCAGAACAACUUUGCCAUUGGCUACAAGACAGGAGACUUCCAGCUACAUACCAAUGUCAAUGAUGGCGCUGAGUUCGGUGGCUCCAUCUACCAGAAGGUCAGCGACAAGCUGGAGACAGCAGUCAACCUGGCAUGGACCGCUGGCAGCAACAGCACACGCUUCGGUAUUGCAGCCAAAUACCAGCUGGACAAAGAUGCCUCCAUCAGUGCUAAAGUGAACAACAAUAGCCUUGUUGGUGUUGGGUACACCCAAACUCUUAGACCAGGUGUGAAACUCAUCCUGUCUGGCCUGGUCGAUGGAAAGAACAUCAAUGCAGGAGGCCACAAGCUGGGUCUGGGCUUGGAACUGGAAGCUUAAGCUUUCCUCAAACUGCAAGGGACUAGGGAAUAUCAGAAGAAUCUGGCCUUAAAUGUAUGUCCAACUCAAACCAGCAAGGGGAUAUCUUGGAGAGAUUGGUUCAAAGGCUACUGCAACAAACUCUUAACUUGAGUACCACUUCAAGCUGGUGCUUUUGUCAUUGGUACAUUUUACCUUUGUUGCUUUUUACUUAGUAGUUGCAUCUACUCAAGAGACAGUUUCUGACAUGUUAUUUAAAAAUCAUGUCUUUGUUCCUGUCCAGCACUGCCAUAAUAAUUUGAUCAAUACAAUCCCUCUGUCAUCAA